AUGGGCGUGACAGUAAAGAAAAAUGCUGAAGGUGACUUGGUACCAACCCGAGUGCAAAAUGGGUGGCGUGUCUACAUUGAUUACAAGAAGUUGAACUCUUACACUAGAAAAGACCAUUUCCCUCUUCCUUUUAUAGAUCAAACGUUUGAACGUUUACCUGGAAAAACUCACUUUUGUUGUCUUGAUGGAUACUCAAGUUUCUUCCAAAUUCUAGUCGCACUAGAGGACCAGGAGAAUACCACUUUUACAUGCCCAUUUGGCAUAUUUGCGUACAGAAGGAUGACAUUUGGUCUUUGUAAUGCACCAGCCACCUUCCAGAGAUUCAUGAUGACUCUCAGGUACUUGAUCGCAAAAAAGGAAGAAAAACCAAGGCUCAUCAAGUGGAUUCUACUGCUCCAAGAAUUUGAAAUCGAGAUUCGGGACAAAAAGGAAUGCAAAAACUUGGUGGCUAACCACUUGAGUAGGUUAAAAAUACCUUUUGAUGGCGUCCCUAUUAAGGAAGAGUUCCCUGAUGAGAGCCUAUUUUCAACCGAAACACAUCUUUCAUGGUAUGCGGACUUGGUAAACCUUCUAGCCACAGGCUCAUUACCCAAUGGGUUAUCAUGUUCAGUGAAGGACAAGCUUAGACGAGAAGCUGGAUAUUACAUUUGGGAUGACCCAAUAUUGUGGAAACACUGUUUAGACCAGAUAAUAAGACGAUGUGUUCCAGAAAUCGAGGUAAAUUCUAUCCUUAAUUUUUGUCAUACUGAAGCUUGUGGAGGUCACUUUGGCCCUAAGCAGACUGCUCACAAGGUAUUGGUGUAA